CCGGCCAUCAGGUUGCGGGGCGGGGUCACAAACUGGCGGACGUAUACUCUGGGGUUGAGGGGACCUCACCAUCGAGCAGUAACUCCAUACCAAUAAGGAUGAGCAGUGGCCACUGGAGAGCAUCAAAUGGAGGACACCAGCCCCGAAGCAGGGGCCGAGAAGGCUGCUAAAGAGCCCAAGGAUGCUAAAGAGCCCAAGGAUGCCGCUGCUGCCACCACCAAGAGCUUCCCUGAUCCCUUUUCCAGAGAUGAUGAUCAAAUGGAUUUUGAAGGGGUCAUCUUUUCUUCCUCACCAAUUUUAGACCUGAGUCAAAGAGGCCUGCGCCAUUUGGGAAAGUUCUUUAAAAUUCCCAACCUUCAACAAUUACACCUGCAGAGGAAUUUGCUCAGCGAGAUUCCAAAGGAUUUCUUCCAGCUGCUGCCCAACCUGACAUGGCUGGACCUCCGUUUCAACAAGAUCAGGGCUCUUCCAUCUGGGAUUGGCUCUCACAAACAUUUGAAAACUUUGCUCUUAGAAAGAAAUCCUAUCAAAAUGUUGCCCGUUGAGCUAGGGCAGGUCACUACACUGACGGCACUGAACCUGAGACACUGCCCUCUGGAAUUCCCUCCUUACCUGAUUGUGCAGAAAGGCUUGGUGUCCAUCCUCACCUUCCUACGCAUCUGCUCAGUGGAGAACGCUUUCCCUGGAGAUGAGUCGCUUCCUGCAGUCUCAACAGCUAAGAUGGGUAGCAGUGACCUUCAGUGCCCUGUGCUCCCUCUGCCCCAUAAGAGCUCACCCAUUGAGAAUGGCCUUAAUGUCCCAGACCAGGAGGCAGCUGUUGUAAAGGAGAAGACUGACUUCUUCCCACCCAUGGACAGGCUAGACCUGAGUGACCUCCGCAGAUCCAGUGCCUCCUCUGAGAUCUGGCCCAGUAAGGAGGAGAUAAGGCGCUUCUGGAAGCUGAGACAGGAGAUUGUAGAGAAUGAGCAGGUGGAGAUUCAAGAGAAGAAGCUCUUGGCUUUUGAACUGCCACCAAAUCUCAAGGCAGCACUAAAUGUCAAGGAGAGAAAGCGCAGGAAGCCAUGGCCCACAGUCAGAAAGAGGUCUACCUCCUUCAAAGGCAUCUUGCCCAACCUCUCUUCAACGUACCAAAACACAGUUCAUACAAAAAGGAUGGAGGACACUCACAAAUCGGUUAUUCAGGAGCUCAAAGAGGAGACAAUGAUGGAGCAACGGAGGAGAGACAAGAGAGCUCUGCAGGAGUGGAGAGAGCAGACCCAGCUGAUGAGGCACAGGAGGGAGCUCAGUAAAUUCCAACCUCCACAUAGGAACAUGAUGGCAUCGAAGAUUCCCUUUGCCACAGAUCUGACAGACUAUGAGAAAAUGCCAGCAAGUCCAUUUGGGAAAGUGAAGCCCGGUGGAGAGGGGACAGCACAAAGAACUAUAGAAAUAAGUGCCUCACCAUUAGCAGAGCUGGAGGACAAGAUAAGGCGGCACACACAGCAGAUCCGUGCUCGCAGUUUUCUGGGUACAAACCCAAUGCAAGACAUUAAGACAGCCAACCAGGACCUGGAAACUACUAAGAAACUUCAGGAGGAGUUAAAGAAACUGAAACUGGAGAUGACCUUGAACAAAGACCAUCCAUUUCCAUCUUUCACUGGAAACCUUUCACUUCACCCACCAGCAUCACAGCCUCAAAAUAUAUUUUUUAACACAAAAUACUAGGAAAGUGGUGUUGUCAGCAGGGAUGACAAGAACCUCCCACAGUGAGGAGCUGCUGUCCCCUAUGUGGUGUGGGGACUGGCCCUGAUGGCAACUAGUGGGUCUUCAGCUGCUCCCCAGGCUGCGGCUUUUAAUAGACCUGACUCCUUUCUGAGGCUAUAGAAGGUUUAGCUGCAUUAAAAGGAAGAAUGCUGUAAGC